AUGGAACCCAACAGAGUUAAGAAAACUGAAAGAAAUGGUGUUGAAUAUGAAGAAAAACAUUUAUCAUACUUGAAAAUCAAGAAUUCACGUAAAAGUUCGACUUGGGAAAUGUGUAAUUUGUGCAAAGAAUUCGUUUCCAGAAAGGACAGCUUUGAAUCCACCCGGUUUGGUAUCCUGGAUAGCUGUGAUCAUAUCUUCUGUUUGUCCUGCAUUAGAAAUUACCGAGAAACAAUACACCGAUCAGUCUUCAAGAACAACAAAGGAAACUGCAGAGAAGAUCCACCAACUCCAAUUAUUUGUCCAGUUUGCAAAGUAAGCUCUGUUUACAUCAUGAGCAGCCGUACGUGGAUUCGUGGUCCAUCGAAGAAAGCUAAAUUGGUGAAAAAGUUCAAAGAAUCGGUAAAAACGAUUCCUUGUGAAUAUAUUAAAUGUGGACAAGGAACCUGCUUGGCUUUUACAUGCUACACGAGAGCAUUUGAGACAGAUUCAGUGGUAAGUCAUGGUGUGCUCUGUAAGGCAUUACAACGGAUGGAAAUAAGAUGUUUUACUGUUCCUAAAUAUUUCAUCACCAAUAAGGCUUUAUAG